AAACCCCAUAGGACUAUAGGAGCGUGUUUAUUAUAAAUGUCUUUGCGCCAACUAGGCAUCAACUACUACUCACUCUGCAAAUUUCUCCCCCUAAUUAGUAGCUCUCAUCUCCGUCUCAAUCUCUCAACAUCUGCGAUGUCUAGCCGCCCCAAUUUCCAAGGCGGACGUCGCGGUGGGGCCCGCCGCGGCGGUCCUGGCCGCGGAGGCGGUGGUGGUCGCGGAGGCGGAGGGCGCGGUGAGCAGCGCUGGUGGGACCCUGUGUGGCGAGCUGAGCGAUUGGCUCAACAAGCAGCUGAGAUGGAGGUGCUUGAUGAGAAUGAGUGGUGGGGGAAAAUGGAGGGACUGAAGAGAGGAGGCGAACAAGAGCUUGUGAUUAAGCGGAAUUUUAGUCGAGGAGAUCAACAAGUUUUAGACGAUAUGGCUUAUCAGUUGGGGCUUUACUUCCAUGCUUAUAGCAAAGGGAAGGCACUCGUUGUGAGCAAGGUUCCAUUGCCAAAUUACCGUGCAGAUCUCGAUGAACGCCAUGGAUCUGCACAGAAAGAGAUACGGAUGUCCAGCGAAACUGAGAAGAGAGUUGAAAAUUUAUUGGGUGGUUCAGGAGGAACUGUUUCUGUUAGUAAUGAUCCUGGAGCUUCCUCACAGGGGGUGCAGAAGCCACAUAUUUCAGAUGUGGCUAAACCUGCCUUAAAAGUAAAAAAUGAUACUAGAAAAGAGAGACUGCAUAGUGAACUGAAACAAAGACAGGAGAACCUGAAGGCACGCGACACCGUUAAGAAGAUGCUGGCUUUCAGAGAGAAGCUUCCGGCAAAUAAAAUUAAAUAUGAGUUUUUAAAAGCUGUUGCAGCAAAUCAGGUAUUGGUGGUUUCUGGAGAGACCGGUUGUGGGAAAACUACACAGCUUCCUCAGUUUAUCCUGGAAGAGGAAAUAUCAUCUCUACGAGGUGCUGAUUGCAACAUAAUUUGCACUCAACCCCGUCGUAUAUCUGCCAUAUCUGUUGCAGCGCGAAUAUCUUCUGAAAGAGGAGAAAACCUUGGUGAAACUGUUGGCUACCAAAUUCGUCUGGAGUCAAAACGCUCGUCUCAAACAAGAUUGCUAUUUUGCACUACAGGAGUUUUACUUCGGCAGCUGAUUGAUGACCCAAAUUUAACAGGAGUUAGCCAUUUGCUAGUGGAUGAAAUUCAUGAAAGAGGAAUGAAUGAGGACUUUCUUAUAAUAAUUUUGCGUGAUCUCCUUCCUCGCCGCCCUGAUCUAAGACUUAUUUUGAUGAGUGCCACUAUUAACGCUGACUUGUUUUCCAAAUACUUUGGAGACGCACCAACUAUCCACAUCCCGGGGUUAACUUUUCCUGUAUCAGAGUUAUUUUUGGAAGAUGUACUGGAGAAAACUCAUUAUUGCAUCCAAGCAAGCCCUGAAAACAAUCAGUAUCAUGGAAAUUCAAGGAGGAAGAAGCAACAGGAGUCUAAAACUGAUCCUAUAACAGAGUUAUUUGAGGAAGCAAAUAUUGAUUCUUUGUACAAAAGCUAUAGUGCGACUACAAGGCAAUCUCUUGAAGCUUGGUCGGGUUCGCAGCUUGAUCUGGGUCUUGUGGAAUCAACAAUUGAGUAUAUUUGUCGCCAUGAAGGGGAUGGAGCAAUACUUGUAUUUCUGACUGGUUGGGAUGACAUUUCUAAGCUUCUUGACAAAGUCAAAGCUAACAAUUUUUUAAGAGAUCCCAGCAAAUUCUUGGUUAUUCCACUUCAUGGUUCUAUGCCUACCGUAAAUCAGCGUGAAAUAUUUGAUCGUCCACCUUUGAACACGAGAAAAAUUGUGCUAGCUACAAACAUCGCUGAAAGUAGUAUCACUAUAGACGAUGUUGUAUAUGUCAUAGACUGUGGAAAAGCCAAGGAGACUAGUUAUGAUGCUCUCAACAAACUUGCUUGCCUUUUACCAUCAUGGAUCUCAAAAGCUUCAGCACGUCAGAGACGUGGUCGAGCUGGCCGUGUACAACCUGGAGUCUGUUAUAGAUUAUAUCCAAAAAUGAUCCAUGAUGCUAUGCCCCAGUAUCAACUACCUGAAAUUCUGCGUACGCCUUUGCAAGAAUUAUGUUUACAUAUUAAGAGCUUAAAACUUGGAGCUAUUGGAUUGUUUUUGGGGAAGGCACUUCAGCCUCCAGAUUCUCUCUCUGUUCAAAAUGCUAUUGAACUCCUAAAGACAAUUGGCGCGUUGGAUGACACAGAAGAGCUUACUCCACUUGGGAGGCAUUUAUGUACUCUGCCUUUGGAGCCUAAUAUUGGAAAGAUGCUCCUCAUGGGUUCCAUAUUUAAAUGCCUAAAUCCUGCAUUAAUCAUUGCAUCCGCACUCGCACAUCGCGACCCAUUUGUUCUUCCAAUAAAUAGGAAAGAAGAGGCGGAUGAUGCAAAAAGAUCAUUUGCUGGUGAUUCUUAUAGCGACCAUAUAGCAUUACUGAAAGCAUUUGAAGGAUGGAAGGAUGCAAAACGACUCGGAAAUGAGAGAGCCUUUUGUUGGGAAAACUUCCUGUCCCCAAUAACUUUGCAAAUGAUGGAGGAUAUGAAGAAUCAAUUUGUAGAUCUACUGUCAGACAUUGGCUUCGUAGAUAAAUCAAAGGGUGUAAAUGCAUAUAACCAGUAUAGCAAUGAUUUGGAGAUGGUAAGUGCAGUUCUUUGUGCUGGGCUUUAUCCAAAUGUUGUGCAGUGCAAACGGAGAGGCAAGAGAACAGCCCUGUACACAAAAGAAGUUGGAAAAGUCGACAUUCAUCCGGCAUCUGUAAAUGCUGGAGUACAUUUAUUCCCUCUUCCUUUCAUGGUUUAUGGUGAGAAGGUGAAAACGUCAAGCAUUUACAUAAGAGACUCGACAAACAUAUCAGAUUACGCCCUACUUAUGUUUGGUGGACAUCUCAUUCCUAGCAAGUCAGGUAAAGGAAUUGAAAUGCUUGAUGGAUACCUCCAUUUUUCUGCAUCAAAGAACGUGCUAGAGUUGAUCCAGAAACUGCGAGGAGAACUUGACAAACUUCUUAAAAAGAAGAUUGAAGACCCUAGCAUAAAUAUUUCCGAAGAGGGCAAAGGUGUGGUUGAUGCUGUAGUUGAGUUGUUGCACAGUCGGAAUGUACAAUAUUAGCAAAUGCUGCACCCGAUUGUACUACCUAUCAAGGCCUCUAUGUUAACAAAAAUUAAUAGUCAAAUGUUCCAUGUACUGUAGUUUUCUAACUGCUAUUUUAUUUCUGGGGGGCGAAAGGGACACACAUACACUACAUUUUUGAGGGUGAGUUGUGAGCUGCAUAGCUGAUGUCAGUUGACACAGCCGGCCAGGCUAGCCCCCAGGGAAACUCAUUCGGACAUUACAUUAUGUAGGGGAUUAUGAAAGCUUUUUUGUAAUGGACCUGUGCUAUCAGGGAGGACUUUGGAAGUUAAAGCUGCAGCUGCAGUUAGCUGCACUAAUUUUAUAGAUUAAUGUGUUCCAAUCUUUUCAAUAUUUUUAGAAAAUAUGUUAAAUUAAAAUAUUUCUAUAAGAUUUGCAUGCUUUGAUGUUUUUGGAUC